AUGUCUAGCUUAAAGGAGGAAGAUCACACACAAGAUUCGCUUGGUAAUACUAUAAUCAAACCAUCUCAUAAACCAAACAACCAAGUACCAAAACAUCCUAAAUUAACCAUCAAUGAUCUCCCUCCAGAAAUACUCAUCCAGAUAUUUACUAAUUUGGAUCCUAUAUAUCUCAACACAUUAAGACUAGUAUGCAAAAACUGGAAUUAUAUAAUUAAUGAUAAAGAGCUAUGGAUGAAAUCCUUCCAAUUAAGAUUUAAUAUCCCCAUUACAUCUUCUAGUUUCCCUUCACUAUCACAAUCACUGAAUUGGAUGAAUGAAUAUUUCACACGAUUACAAGUUAAUAAGAAUUGGAAACGUGGGAUAUCGGUACACAAAACAUACCAAAUUAUCAACAAUGAACAUCGAUUUAAUGAUAUUACAAUGGUUGAUUUCGGUAUGAAUAAAAUUUUAACGUAUGAUAAACGAUACAACAAUAUAUCCAUUGGAAAAUUAUCAGAUGGCAAAAAUCAAGGAUUUAUACCAGGAAGUAUUAGUGGGUUUCUGACCGAUGUGUUGUGUUUUGAUAUUAAUUGGAAUUAUUUAGUGACAGGGAUGAAAAAUGGAGAAGUAAUACUUAAAAACUUGUAUACUUCGACAUCAGCGUCUCAAAGGUCAAGUGUCACCAAAUUUGAUACUAUGGAAGAUAGUCCCAUAAUGGAUAUCAUUAUGAACAAAGAUUUGAUAAUUAGUGGGUCGUAUAAUGGGAAUCUAAGGUGUUGGAAUUUACAGGGUAAAGUUGUAAAAGAGUUCAGAUUAGAGGAAGUGAUAUACAAUAUAUCAAGCGAUUUUAAAAAACAUAUAAUUGUCAAUACAGAUCGUCAUAUAUUUGUGAUUGAUUAUCAAGCAGAAGAGAUUAUAUCAAAAAUUGAUUUGGGGUUUAUAAUCAAUGAAAAUGAACCUUUAGAAUAUGAUUUGUUGAUAAGGCUGAAAAAUAAAUUGGAUGUUGAUUAUGGGACUAAGAAAGUUAUAAUAUGUUAUAAAUCACACAUCCAGGUAUUUUAUUUUGAUAAUCAUAGUCAUCGUGAAAUGAAAUUAGACCAAAAUGUCGAAGUAAUAGAUUCCCGAUUUCAAAUUGCCACUUCCAAUAAGUUUUUCAACAGAAAUACAUAUGUUGUUGGACAAGAUGGAUUACUAUAUGGUAAUUUGUUAUCUGAUGGCAGUGUAAUCAUUUGGAAUGUAAGAGAGGAUUCAGUGUUGAUCACUCCUAUUACUCAAAUUUAUCCUGAAUUAGAUCACAAAAAAUAUUCUCAUGGACUUAAUCAUGCAAUAGCACGACACAAUUUAUUAGAAAUUACAUCUUUUGCAAUGAACGGGACCAUGUUGGCAAUUGGUGGAUAUAAUGGGCUCACCAAUGUAUAUGAUGUCUUUACAGGGAAGUUUAUUAGAGAAAUAUCAAUCAAAUAUCCAGCAAGAUUUCAACAUAUGCAUAAUUCCUUAGUACCGAUAUCGUCAAUUCAAUUGAAUCCAAGCCAAACUGACAACAAUGGAAUUAUUAUAUGUGGGGAUGCUGUUCAAUAUUUCGAAUUUGGCGAAAUCAAACAACCACCAGGUAAACAACCACAAAGGCGACAAAUGCAAAAGAGUUUAAAUAAUCGUGGCAAAAAUGAAUCGGUGAAAAAGAUUAGAGAUGGACUUGAAGACUAUGAUGAAGAAAAACAUCGACAGUCACAUGCAGACAGGCUAUUAGACAAAUACAAUGGGAAUAAAUACGAAGACGAAGACGAAGAGUUGAUGAUGGCGUUGGCAUUGAGCGAAAGCAUGAACAAUAGUCGAGAUGCCAGUCAAAUAUCAGUGAAUGAAUCGUUGCUAACACCAGAAGAACUUGUUGGUGAAGGUCAGCAAGAUGAAGAAGAAAUGGAUGAAGAACUCAGAAGAGCAUUAGAACUUUCAUUGAUUGAACAUUAA